AUGCCAUUAAACUUUCGUGAAAUUCAUGGUGAUCUUUUUUCGGCUUCAUCAAAUACAUCACUUGCACAUUGUGUUUCAAGAGAUAUGAGUAUGGGGAAAGGCAUUGCAACAUUAUUUCGUGAUAAAUUUGGUCAAAUCGAUGAACUUAAAAGUCAAAAUGUACCAAUUGGUGGUUGUGCUUAUAUUACUGCAGAUGAUCGUUGUGUUUUUUAUUUGGUAACAAAAGAAAGAUACUUUCAUAAACCAACUAUGACUACAUUAGAAUCAAGUCUUCGAGUUAUGCGAGAUUUAUGUAUGAAAAAUAAUGUUCAUCAUUUGGCAAUGCCUCGAAUUGGUUGUGGAUUAGAUAAACUUAAUUGGAAUCAAGUAUCUAAAUUAAUUCAACAUGUAUUUGCAGAAGAUGAUAUUGAAAUUACGAUUUAUACUAUCUAA